AUGGGACUGGACGCCGUGACCUUCACAGACGUGGCCGUGAAUUUCACCAAGGAGGAAUGGGCCCUGCUGGACCCCGCGCAGAGAAAUCUCUACAGAGACGUGAUGCUGGAGAACUGUAGGAACCUGGCCUCCGUGGGGUUUGACCCCAUGAGAGGGGAACUCUGUCCGUUGCGGUUCAUUUGUAUUCGCUUCAUGAUUAACAGCCCUCGGGGGAUCCUUAGGUUGUGUGUGUGCAUCAGUGAUGCCGACAAAGUGGAAAAGAACGUCUACCACUCAGAGAACUUCUACCUGUCACCGUGGAAGAUGUCCGCCCGGUCAAAGCAAAAACAAAAACAGAUCUCUACCCCUUCUCAGGACCGAUGCAAAACUGACUUUUUCAGCCACCACCGCACAUCACUGCUCUUGGAACUGAGUCCUGUGAGGAAGAGAUUUCCUGAAGAUACUUGCUGGGAAGAGAAGACAGUAGUGCCCCACCUGGUUGCUAAACUCUGUUCUGGGACUGAACCGGUUUGUAAAAGUAAUCAGUUUCUGGGACCUGAAGGAAAUGUGGAUAUUGAGUUGAUUGAUAAGAGUGCAAACAGAUACAGUGUCCACUUCCCCGUGGCCGGCUUCUAUCUGUGGCCAGCAACAGGCCUUGGCUUCCUGGUAACAGCAGCAGUGACCGUGACGAUUACGUUCGAUUCUUGGGGUCGGCACCUGGACCUGAAGUUACAGUAUCACGAGAAGUGGAUGGUGGCCGGCCCUUUAUUUGACAUCUCUGUGGAGCCUGAGGGGGUCAUCACUGAAAUCCACCUCCCCCACGUCAUCUCUCUCCCAGCAAAUGAGGUCGAUAUAUCUUGGUUCCAAGUUGCCCAUUUUAAGGAUGAAGGGAUGGUCCUGGAGCCGCCAGCCCGAGUGGAGCCUUUCUAUGCCAUCCUGGAAAACCCUAGCUUCUCUCUGUUGGGGAUCCUGCUGAGACUUGCCAGAGGGACCUGCCUUUCGGUCCCCAUCACAUCCACGGCACUAAUCUAUUAUCACUUCCACUCCGAAGAUGUGAAAUUUCACUUGUAUCUUAUCCCCAGCGACUCCUUGCUAACGAAGGCAAUAGAUGAGGAGGAAGCUAAAUUUCAAGGUGUGCGUCUGCAGACCUCGCCCCCAGUGGACCCACUGAAUUUUGGUUCCCGUUAUAUUGUGUCUUGUUCGCCUCCCCUGGAAAUAAUACCCAAGGAGUUGAAAUUAUCCUACAGGAACCCUGGAGAAAUCCAGGUCUUCUCUAAAGUCUAUGCUGGGAGGAUGAAGGAACCAAUCAUGCUUGAAAUUACUGAAAAAAGAUACAAGACUUUGAUCUGGUACACUUUGGUGAAGCCAGAGGAGCUCCAGUUUGGUGCUACAUCGGCCCCUCCUCCCCUCCCAGCUGUGGCCUUUAUGAAGGAGCACCGUCGUCAUCUUCAAGCCAGGAUGGGGAACCUGAAUGGAGUCCUGGAUGAUCUUCAGGACCAUGGGGUCUUCACCGAGGAAGAGAAGGAGAUGGUGCAGCAGAUGCCAACACAGCAGAGAAGGAACGAGACCCUACUGAGGAUGGUGGAGAAUAAAGGGCACCAGGCCCAGAAGGUGCUCUUCAAAAGCAUUAGUAGAAGAGACCCUUAUCUGAUGUCCUACCUCAACCAGCAGAGUUUACAACAGUGAUUCAGACAGAUACUCAGGGAGAGAGAAUCCAGUGUUCUCCGCUGAAAAUGGAUAAACGGACGUGUGAUCAUUGAGUUCAGGGUCCAAGGCACGAGGUCCAGGUAACACCAACACAUCACACAGGAUUUCCUGAGGACUGAUGUGUAAUUUCAUGGAGACCUAUUAGUGUAUCCUAAUAUCUUAACGUCAAGAAUAUAUGAAGAGAGGACUACUGCCUCGAAGUGCUUUUUAAAAACAAAUUCUGGGGUGCCUGGGUGGUUCAGUCGGUUGAGCGUCUGACUUUGGCUCAGGUCAUGAUCUCACGGUUCGUGAGUUCGAGCCCCGCAUCAGGCUCUGUGCUGAUGGCUCGGAGCCUGGAGCCUGCUUCGGAUUCUGUGCCUCCCUCUCUCUACCCCUUCCCUGCUCAUGCUCUGUCUCUCUCUGUCUCUCAAAAAGGUGAAUAAACAUUGAAAAAAAUUUUUUUAAA